AUCCCCCUCUGAAUCUGCGAUCCAAUCUAGUUUGUACAUUGCAUUUAGUUGUUAUAGCUCUCGGUCUCUUUUUUUGUCUAGAACAAUCUCCCACUGUACUGGGUUGAAUGGUAGCUCGCCAAAAAGAUGUCGACGUGUCAGAACCCGUGAUGGUGACCUUAUUUGGAAGAAGGGUCUUUGCAAGAUGUAGUUAAGGAUCUCGAGAUUAUCCUGGAUUAGCCGGGUCAUCCAGUUUAAUGGCAAGACAGAAAAGAGAAGACAGACACCGAGAAGAAGGCCAUGUGAAGACAGAGGCAGAGAUUAGAGACGCUGCCACGAGCCAGGAAACACCAGGAGCCGCCAGGAGCUGGAAGAGGCAAGGAAGGAUUCUCCCCUACCGCCUUUGGAGGAACAGCCCUCCCAACAUCUUGAUUUUGGACUUCCAGCCUCCAGAACUACGCCACAAUGCCCAGGAAGGAAGGUGUCAUUUUUCCUGUUUUACAGAUGAAGAAACUAAAGCUCAGAGAGGACAACUCCCAGAGCCCUGCUGAGGAGGUUCUGGUCCCUUUUGCUCUGAGGCAUCUGAGUGGUGAGCUGGGAGCUUAAGCAGCAAAAGGGUGGGAACUCCCCUUGGAACUCCCUGGGCCCAGCCCAAGGGGCCUCUGCUCUACUCUCAAAGGCCCACACCUACCAGCAGCUCCCUAUAAAGGACCAGCUUAGACUCCCAGUUUGCUCCCUAGGUACAGCAGGCAGAGGCAGGGCAGGGCCUAGGCUGGAGUUGGUGGGACUCCAGGCCAAUGGCAGCUGGGGCUCAGAGCCUAGGGUUGCAGCAGAAAACACCAAAACUUCUCCAUCACCCCCUCCCCCACCCCACACAUAGCUGCCAAGCUCCCACCCCCAGCCCAGGCUGGACCCCACCCCACCCCACUCCUAGAAGUCAGAGGGGACAGGCCCAGGUCUAUCCAUCCUGUCCCCUCUCUCCCAUCCUCCCUCUUCCCAUUCCCCUGGCAACCAAACCAGACCCAUCAAGGAGAAGGACCUGGCAGCUGUGCAGGGAGAGACUAAUGGCCCGGAAGGAAGGAGGGGCCUGGAGAGGAGACGAAGGAAGGCGGUAGGGUUGUGAGCAGGCGGGCGUUGGCCCAUCUCAGAGGACACACAAAGGAGGGGCGGCUCCUCUGCCCUGCAAUGCCGAGGAGCUGGCUGGCCAAGGAGCCGCCCUCCUCAUCCCCCCCUGCCAGAGAGUCAGCCUGGAGUCCCAAACCUGCUUCCCCAGAUGCCCAGCUCUUAUCCUCAGGGCCAGUCGAGGUGGACCUGUCCGUGCUGGAAAGCCCUGGAGUCCCCGGCAGCAGCAGCCCCAUGGCUCUUGGCAAACCCAGCAGGCCUCAGCACCCUGGCUCCUGCAGACCAUCUGAGCUGCCUCUAUCCACUCCGGGGUGGCCUGUGCCUGAGUUCUGGAAGCCGCAGACAUGCAAAGGCCAGACAUCAGCCUUCACGAUAACGGGGGUGGGGGAGGGCAGGAAGGGAUGUGUGGUUGUGUGUGUGUAAUGUGUGUGCACAUAGGUAAUGUGGCUAGCGUGCAUAUGCAUCUGUGUGUGUGCACAGGCUUGUAGAUCUGCUUUGGGACGUUCCCUCUCCUCUUUCAGUCCCUGGACCACUAGGGAUGAGUACUUUCUCUUUCCGCAUCUCUUCCCCAUCCAGCCCCACCCAUCCCUGGGUACCUGCAACUCCUCGAUACUGGUAACCGGUUCCUGCCAGUCCAUUCAUCUCUCAGCCUUGGCAGCAGCUGCGGCCCCUCAGCCCCCUCCCCUUCCUACCUCAGGAAUUGCUUUGGUUCCCGUAAGGCCCAUGACUGAGCAGCAGUUGGUUGGGGGAAGGGAGAAUCCAGUAAAGCCAGACAGCAUACAACUAGCUCCCUCAGCUCAGCCUCUGGCAGGACACAGACUGAGUGGGACCCAGAGUUGGGCCCAGCCACCCUCAACCCCCUCUGCUGUGCCCACCCUGUUGGGGCCUGGUGUAGGUCCAAGUUUGGGAGCUGUGUCUUUAAGGCUGAGCCAUCAGCAGGCAACCCCCUGGCCAAGUGUCCAGAGGAGGGGGAGGGGAAGUGGCCAGUCCAUUAGCGGCAGAGCUGGCGCCAGGCAGCAGCCCUCCACAGGGCCCUGGGGACUACGGAGGGAUGAGCCCUUCCCACCCCCCUCAGCUCCCCCUGCCCUCCUGUCCCCCAUUUCUCCCUGGGCGUGGUAGCAGAGGGGUAGCUGACAGCAGGUAAAAGCAGAGCCUAGCCUUCAGGGGACAAGUGGAGGCACAGGCCCUGGGGCCCAAGCCAGACCAACUCACCAUCUACCUGGGCCAUCUCCUCCCCACUCAUAUGCCAGAAGCCUGCCCGUUAACUUCCAGUCCUCCUAUCCCCCCAUUUUUUUUUUUUUAACUGAGGUUUAACUGACAUAACGUUAAUUUCAGGUGGACAAUGUAAUGAUUCUACAUUUGUAGAUCUCCGAUUUUCAAUAGCUCUCUCAGGCAGGAACCCCAGCUCCAGUCAGGCCCUCCCACCCAAGGCUCCAGCUCCGGAUGCUUGCUGGAGGGUGCUGACCCCCAGCCCAGGCCUGCCAGUGGUCGCCAGGCCUGCUUCCUUCCCCGCUUGCAACAGGGGGAAUCAACUAGGCAGGGCGCCAGCAAACCUAGGAGCGAGGGUGCGGCGCUCCUGCAGCUCCGCAGGAGCUGGGUGGGGCAUCCCCCUCCCCACAUAGCCCCGCCGUCAGGCCAGUGGGAGGAGCUGCCCGUGCCCCCCCUGUGCCCGCAGGGCUAUAAAGCCGCCUCGCAGCUGUCUGCGGCUCCUUCCCCGCUCCCGGACCAGCUUUGCCAGCGGUGACUGCCCAUCCUCGGCCACCAUGAGCCACCCGUCGGGCCUCCGAGCCAGCGUCAGUUCCACCUCAUACCGCCGCACCUUCGGGCCACCGCCCUCACUGUCCCCUGGGUCCUACUCCUACGCGUCCAGCUCCCGCUUCUCGAGCAGUCGCUUGCUGGGCUCGGCAUCCCCUGGCUCCUCCGUGCGCCUGGGCAGCUUCCGCGGCCCCCGGGCGGGCGCGGGCGCCCUCCUGCGCCUGCCCUCGGAGCGCCUCGACUUCUCCAUGGCCGAGGCUCUCAACCAAGAGUUCCUGGCCACGCGCAGCAACGAGAAGCAGGAGCUGCAGGAGCUCAACGACCGCUUCGCCAACUUCAUUGAGAAGGUGCGCUUCCUGGAGCAGCAGAACGCGGCCUUGCGCGGGGAGCUGAGCCAGGCCCGGGGCCAGGAGCCGGCGCGCGCCGACCAGCUGUGCCAGCAGGAGCUGCGCGAGCUGCGGAGGGAGCUAGAGCUGCUGGGCCGCGAGCGCGACCGGGUGCAGGUGGAGCGCGACGGGCUGGCGGAGGACCUGGCGGCGCUGAAGCAGAGGUUAGAGGAGGAGACGCGCAAGCGGGAGGAUGCGGAGCACAACCUCGUGCUCUUCCGCAAGGAUGUGGACGACGCCACCCUGUCCCGCCUGGAACUAGAGCGCAAGAUUGAGUCUCUAAUGGAUGAGAUUGAGUUCCUCAAGAAGCUGCACGAGGAGGAGCUUCGAGACCUGCAGGUAAGCGUGGAGAGCCAGCAGGUGCAGCAGGUCGAGGUGGAGGCCACCGUGAAGCCUGAGCUGACGGCGGCGCUGAGGGACAUCCGCGCGCAGUACGAAAGCAUCGCGGCGAAGAACCUGCAAGAGGCAGAGGAGUGGUACAAGUCCAAAUACGCGGACCUGUCCGACGCCGCCAACCGGAAUCACGAGGCCCUGCGUCAAGCCAAGCAGGAGAUGAAUGAGUCCCGACGCCAGAUACAGAGCCUGACGUGCGAAGUGGACGGACUCCGCGGUACGAACGAGGCGCUGCUCAGACAGCUGCGGGAGCUGGAGGAGCAGUUUGCUCUGGAGGCGGGCGGGUACCAGGCGGGCGCCGCGAGGCUCGAGGAGGAGCUGCGACAGCUGAAGGAGGAGAUGGCACGGCACCUGCGCGAGUACCAGGAGCUCCUUAAUGUCAAGAUGGCCCUGGAUAUCGAGAUCGCCACCUACCGGAAGCUGCUGGAGGGCGAAGAGAGCAGGAUUUCCGUGCCAGUCCAUUCUUUUGCAUCCUUAAGUAUAAAGACGACUGUGCCUGAGGUGGAGCCUCCCCAGGACAUCCACAGCAGGAAGAUGGUUCUGAUCAAGACCAUUGAGACUCAGGAUGGGGAGCAGGUGGUGACUGAGUCCCAGAAGGAGCAGCGCAGUGAGCUGGACAAGUCUUCGACUCACAGCUACUGAACCCAUUGGUCCAGAGUUUCCUGACCCUGCCCUAGGCCUACUCUAAGUCCCAGACCCUAACACCAGUACUGAAUUAGUCCUCUCUCACUCUGCAUGUGUCUAGGGGAUGGCACAAGUCACCCCUUCCCUGGCCUGUGGCCAAGUGCUACCCAGCCAGCCCUCUCCC